UUCUGUCGGUUGAGGCGAGCCGAGAGUAAAUAGAAGCAGGAGCUCAAAAUGGCGGAGCCGUUGAGUCCUGUUCGUGGCGCGGCGUCGCCUGAGCAGGAGCUGUUAGGCGCCAGGUCGGCUCUGGAGACGAAGGUUUCCCGUGGAUCCCAGCCAGCCGCCAAGAAGAUGAAGGGAACUGAUGAGAGGAGCCUGAAGGGUACUAAGCGCGUCAACGGUGAGGGGGGCGGUGGUGGAGGCAACGGCGGGAGCGGCAAGCUGACACUGCCAGCGGUUGUGCCGAGCUACAGCAACCCUGCGGCGUGGGGUUUCCCGGCUCUCCCUUCUGGCUCCUCCGGGAGCGCGGGGGGCUUCGCUUUCCCUUCUCAACUGCCCCGGAAGCUGCUGUCGCCCGCCGUUUUGCUGCCGUCGUCCGCCUCUUCCUCCUCUUCCUACCAACAGCACCAGCACCGCCACCACCGGCACCGCCUGGCUCUGGCCGUCGAGGCGGGAGGCUGCGGUAGCAGCGGGGCGGCCGGCGCUGGCGGCGGGAGCGCCAAACCGAAGAGGCCCAAGGAAAAGCGGGACAAGGAAAGGAGGAAGCACGGGGCCCUGCCCGUCGUCGCGGCGGUGGGAGAUGGCGGCGGGGCCCUGAGUGCGGCAGGCCGGGAGGAGAACGGAGAGGUGAAGCUGCUGUUGCCGAAAGCGCAAAUCAAAGACAAAAUUAAAGAAAGGGAAAAGAAGCAAAAAGAGAAGAAGAAACACAAAAUAAUGAAUGAAAUCAAGAAAGAAAAUGGAGAGAUCAAGUUACUGCAGAAAGGUGGGAAGGAGAAACCAAAAAUGAACGCAGAAGAGCUACAGAUUAAAAAAGUUAAGAAGAAAAAGAAAAAGAAACAUAAAGAGAAUGAGAAGAGGAAGCGUCCAAAAAUGUACAGCAAAUCCAUUCAGACCAUCUGCUCAGGAUUGGUUUCUGAUACUGAGGAUCAGGAAGCCAAAGGCAUCAUAGAUGAUCAUCUUAAGGAUUUCAAUGGGAAAAAUUUGGAUCCCAAGAAGGACUGUGAGUCCAAGAUACCAGAGAACAGUGAGUUUCCAUUUGUCUCGUUAAAGGAGCCACGGGUUCAAAAUAAACUCAAAAGGUUGGACACAUUGGAGUUCAAACAGCUGAUUCAUAUUGAGCACCAGCCUAACGGAGGUGCAUCAGUUAUCCAUGCCUACAGUAAUGAACUCUCCCACUUAUCUCCUGUGGAGAUGGAGAGAUUUGCAGAAGAGUUUGUGGGUCUGGUUUUUAGUGAAAAUGAAAACUGUGCAGCUUACUAUGUAAUGGGUAUUGUUCAUGGGGCAGCUACUUAUUUACCUGACUUUUUAGACUACUUUUCAUUUAAUUUUCCCAAUUCACCAGUGAAAAUGGAGAUUUUGGGAAAGAAAGAUAUAGAGACAACGACUAUGUCAAAUUUUCAUGCUCAGGUAAAAAGAACAUACUCUCAUGGUACGUAUAGAGCUGGCCCAAUGAGACAGAUCAGCCUGGUUGGAGCAGUUGAUGAGGAAGUGGGGGAUUACUUCCCUGAAUUCCUUGAUAUGUUGGAAGAAUCACCCUUCUUAAAAUGUACACUGCCAUGGGGAACACUUUCUAGCUUAAAAUUAGAGAGUCGUAAAGACAGUGAUGAUGGUCCCAUUAUGUGGGUACGUCCAGGAGAACAGAUGAUCCCUGUGGCUGACAUGCCAAAGUCACCUUUCAAAAGGAAGAGAACUACCAAUGAAAUAAAAAACUUGCAGUACCUACCUCGAACCAGUGAACCCCGUGAAAUGCUAUUUGAAGACCGGACACGAGCCCAUGCAGAUCACAUAGGACAAGGUUUUGAACGACAGACUACAGCUGCUGUGGGAGUAUUGAAGGCUGUGCACUGUGGAGAGUGGUCUGAGCAGCCUCGUAUAACCAAAGAUGUAAUUUGUUUUCAUGCUGAAGACUUCUUAGAGGUAGUUCAACGAAUGCAAUUAGAUUUGCAUGAGCCUCCACUCUCACAGUGUGUCCAGUGGGUUGAUGACGCAAAACUUAAUCAACUGCGAAGGGAAGGCAUUCGAUAUGCCAGAAUUCAGUUAUUCGAUAAUGACAUUUAUUUUAUCCCAAGGAAUGUUGUGCACCAGUUUAAAACCGUUUCAGCUGUGUGCAGUUUAGCUUGGCACAUCCGGCUUAAGUUAUAUCAUUCAGAGGAAGAACUUUCUCAAAAUACAAGUACUGUUGAAGCAGGGACCUCUGCAGACCCCAAGUCUUCGGUUGUUGGACUUCAGGCUGACAGCAGAAUUUGUAUGACAAGCAAAAAUACCUCCGAAGACACCAAAUUUUCGGAUGCUCUGCAGACGAAGUAUCUGCAGCAGGAAUUUAUGCCGGUAAAACAUGAACCUAUUGCAUCUCACCGAAUAAAAGAAGAACCCAUGAAUGUUGAUCUGGCUGAAAAGACAGUGGCACCUAAUGACGUCGGGGGCCAGAAUGUUCAGAUUAGAUUGGAUCAUGUUGAAUUGACGGCAUUUAAGGUGGAAAUGGAUUCUAAAUUUGAACCUGGCAACAAGGACUUACAAGGCAAGUUAUGUCCUGGAGGUCACGUACAUCCAGAUGAUACAAGACAACAUAGUUCAUCAUAUCCAAAACUGCAUGGACAAAGAGAGGAUGAUUUUUUGUGCUAAGUUUGUAUAUAUGGUUUUAAAUUCCUUUUUAAACUUAAUGAUGUAAUAAUGUAAAGAUUCAUAAAUUCUGUGAGGCAAGUUUGUGACUUGCCUUCGCAUCUGUUACAGAAAAUAGUUAUGUAGCUUUGUAACAUUCCUCAGUGCCUGUCCAUAACUGUGAAGUAUCAAAGCACUUAGGGCCAGAUGCACUGUAAACACUGCAGGUUUAACAUAAAGAAGUCUUUAAAUAAUUUUGAGUUGUAGGUUUUAGAGUAGAGCUGACAUUUAACAUAUAUAUUUUUUGUAAGAUGAGCCAGAAUUCUUUUUGACAAUUCCAGGCUUUUCCAUAGAGCUUAUUUAUACCAAUUUUUUCAUUUUAAAUGUGUCAGCACUGUAGUGUAAAUAUCUUUUUUAAAAAUCUUUUUAGUGUGAUUUAUACUGAAAUGUGAGCCGCUUAAUAAAGGUUCAUAAUAACAGAUUGGUUUUAUUUUUGGGUCUGCAAAAAAUAAUUCAGUUAAACUGCCUCUCUAAAUGGUUAUGUUUCUACCUGCACUAAUGCAUAGGAUGCCCUUACGCCGUUGUGGGGUGAGGAGCUGUAGCAAACCGAGGUAGAGCUGAGGCAUUCUUUGUAAAUUUGAGAUUAGUCAGAAUGCAAAAUCAGUUGUCCCUUGCUCAUUAAAGGCACUCCCCAAAUUCCUGCUGUCAGAUGCUAAUGUGGAGCAGAGAGGCAAACCUUCCUCUGUUGUGGAGGACAGCUGGACACCCUGUGGGCUCCAGGAGCACUACCAGUAACUGUGCAUCUCUCUAGACGAGCUGGUGCAAGGGAGCAAACUCCUUUCCAUGCUUCUCUCUUCCCUCUGCUCAAGCCACAGUUAAGACAUUCCAUUUCACAUUAAAAAAACCAAACCAAACAACCACCCCCCUCAAAUCAGUUUUCUGACUAAAAUUAAAACAAAAACUAUUUAAAUGGUUACUUAUCAAGCUAUAAAGGCCUCAACUUUAGCAGUGACCCGUAAUUCAUGGAGACGCAUUUGGAUUUGAAUUGCUCCCUAUGCUGAUAGUGCCAGGCAAUAAAGAUACUCGCCAAUGUGUCUAGUAGGAAGAUUCCUACGGAGUCCCAGUUUGGAAGCAAGAAUUGUUUCAUUAAGAAAGUAACAGGGGCAUCCAAGUUAACUGUUCUCUUCUCUCCCCACCUAUGGAACACUUGAAUUCUCUUAAGCUGUGUUCAGAGGAAGAGGAUUUUGAGGCUAGCUAGCAUCUGAUGUGGUAAUGGCAAAAACUCUGUCAUUUAACUUAUUUAAUUCUUUGUGUAACAUAUUACUGUAUAGUUCAAACACAUCUGAAUGAUGUUUCUUUUUCAGGUAGCUACAAAUAGCAGUAAACUGCCCUACAGCCUGUCCUUCAACUAAGUAUUUGAAACUUAAGAUCCUAGGCCUGUUAUUUCCAAAGCCCUCUGUAUCUCUUGAUUUUUUUUUUAUAUUUUUCCCUGUAACUUUCUGAAAGUUGUACAUCCUUACGUACCCAGUUUAUAACCUUUGAUGCAUAGCAAUCACUUUGGCUUCAUUUGUAGCAAUAGAACAAUGUGAUUUCCAGGUGAUAUCUAAUUCAACUACCUGAGGCCCUUUUGUUGCAGACAUUUUUUUGCUUAUAGGUUGUUAAAACUGAAAAUGUUGCUGCGUAUUUGCGCUUGGCAAUAAAAUCAGCCAUGUAACGGAUGAGUGCCCUGAUUUGUUUAAAUCUAAAAUAGGUCUGUCAAAGAAUUAUUAAUUAAAUCAAUAUUUGAAUUGCUAAACAUUACUCCUACAUAGCCAUAAUUACAUAGUAUAGAAGCAAUAGAAACAUGAAUCUCUUGGAUGUGGCUAAUAUGUCCUUAAACUUACUGCUGUUUUCUUUAAUGCUGGCUAAGAGAUUACUACCAGUUUUGCAGCCUCAGGGAUCUUGAUUUCCCCUCACGCCAUGAGCAAAUGAUUUGUGUGACAUGGUAAGUUAUUACUCUAGCAGAUUCUGAUUUGAAAAACUAAUUGGUUCACAUAAGAAUUUGAGCCUUCCUGAUAGAAAUGUGGUCUCAGCUCCCUUUGUGUUUUCUGGAUUAUCUGGAAGCUUUAUCAAAACCAGCCUUGCCAGAUACUACUUUUUAAAUUUAGUUUACUUUAAAAAACAAAAAGAUCUUAUUUGUAUGCUGGUGAUCUGUAUGGUGAUCAUUCUGGUUCAAAUAUUUUUUUUUAAAUGUCAGAUUUUAGUAAAGUAUAUACAUCCCCCAUGACAGCUAACAACUUUCUGCAUCAUAGGCCCUGUCCGGAAUGGGGUGGUUGUGGUGGAAAUAGUCUUUGAAAAUGGUUUAGCAAACACAACUUUACACUUAAGAGUAGAACUUUGUUUCCUUUUGAAGACCUGCUCAGUGGUCUUGGCCUCAGACUUCUGCUCAGGUAUGUCUUGGUUCAGAAAUUUUGCUUCUAAAUUGCCUACAUCUUCAGCCCAUUUUUUUAAUCACUCCCAGAAUUCUAAGAAAUUUUUAAAAAGUGGCAGUUUUUGCAAUUUUUACGCAUCUUUAUUUUUGAGACAGACUAGAUUCUCAUUUUUAGAAUCCCUUGCAGACAGAAUAUGAACAAUACCGGGAUUAGCAAUGGCUGUCAGAACUGCCUUUGUAUUCAAAGGUGUAAUCAGUCUGGGCUGACUGGCUAUAUUAGUGUAACUUCUUAGUUUGCUUUUAAAAAAAAAAAAAAAGAAGAAAAAAGUUUUGUCCUCUACCUGUGGCAUAUUUAGUUUGAUGCGGUUGUUCUUUAAGAGAGGAGAACCUC